CAAAAAGAGAAAAAUAAGGUUAUUGUAGCGCUUUGCUAUCUUCUGCCAAAGCCACCAACAAAGGAGUUGUUCCUUGAAAACAGAAUAGGGACUGAGCAAACAUGGAACAUGGCUGUUAUAAUGCUCCAAACGACAUCGAAAACCAAUUAACUCCCCUGGUUAAUUCUAUGAGAUUGGAGUUAGAAAACUUGUCCCCAUUAUCUUCAAACUGUUGCAUCUUUAGAGUCCCGGUGCGAUUACGUCUAGUGAAGGAAAAAGCAUACACACCCCAAGUGGUUUCCAUUGGCCCACUUCACCAUGGCAAGGCAAACCUAAAACCAAUGGAAGAGCACAAAAAGAGGUAUCUAAAACAUUAUCUCACACGCACCAGCACAAGCUUGGAGCAUUUCGUAAAGAUCAUAAAGCAAAAGGAAGCCGGAUUGCGCAGUAGUUAUGCCGAACCUAUAGCAUUCACAAGUGAUGAAUUUGUGAAGAUCAUUCUAGUGGAUGCGGCUUUCAUCAUCGAGGUCCUUUUAAGAUACUUUGAAGAUUACCAAGAUGAUCACGACCGCAUAUUUAACAAGCCGUGGAUGUUGCAAGACAUCUGGCCUGACUUGACCUUGCUUGAGAAUCAGCUUCCGUUCUUCAUCCUUGUGGAUCUUUUUGACCCCAAAAGGAUCUCGGUGCGUUCCGAUGAAGGUGAGGAGAUUUCAAUGGUUAAGCUUUCCCUUGCGUUCUUCAAAGGGCUAAUGCAUUUUGAGACACCGAAAGACAAUUCAGAAAGAAUCUCUUCUUCUGAAGUGGUACACUUUGUUGAUUUCUUGAGAGAUUUAUACAAACCGCCGCCAAGGCCAAGGACUGGAGGAGAGCUCAAAACUCUAAGAAUUCCUAGCAUGACAGAGCUACACAGGGCUGGGGUUAAAUUCAAGGUGGGGUCAAGCAAAAACUUGUUUGACAUUCGUUUCUCGAAAGGGAUUUUGGAGAUUCCCAAGUUGACAAUAAGUGAUGAGACAGAUUUGACUAUUAGAAACUUACUUGCCUUUGAACAAUGCCAUUGUAAACAGAAUUACUUGAAUGAUUACGUUGUGAUUAUGGACCGCCUUGUUAAUACUUCAAAGGAUGUGGAUUUGCUUGUCAAGUAUGAGAUUGUGGAGAACAUGUUAGGGGACAGUAGCGAGGGCGCUGAUAUGAUAAACAAGCUCGCGGAUGGUGUUUUUAUGGAUAGCAAUGACUUCUAUUUUGCCACUAUUUCGGAAGGACUAAACAAGUACUGCAGAACCUCCUGGCACAAAUGGAAGGCGAACUUGAGACAAAACUAUUUCCAUACCCCGUGGGCAAUUGUUUCUGUGGUUGCAGCUGUUCUUCUCCUCAUUCUCACCUUUAUACAAGCGAUUUGUUCUGUUAUCGCCGUACCUGACAAAGGCUCACCUCAUCACUAGGCCAUAUUAUUAUUCUACUUUUUUAGGCAAGAAUUGUAACUUGUAAGCACCACUAGUCUAUAUUUGUAACUAAUGAAUCUUCAGCUUAGCCUUCCAUUUUAUAUUUGUUACCAUGAUC